CGUGUCGUGUCGAAAAUUGCCAACCCUACCUCCACGGCGGAGCAAGUAACCCAAGGAAUUGAUGGCUCCGGUCUCUCCGCCAUUGUUACAGGAGCUUCAAGUGGUAUUGGGGCUGAAACUGCGGGGGUACUUGCCUUGCGCGGUGUACAUGUCAUUAUGGGAGUUAGAAAUGUCGGUGCGGGUCAUCGAUCUAAGGAAGCAAUCAUCAAACAAGUUCCAUAUGCAAAACUUGAUGCAAUGGAGUUGGACCUCAGUUCUAUGACAUCAAUCAGGAAUUUUGCGUCAAAUUUCAAUUCUUUGGGCCUUCCUUUAAAUGUGCUAGUAAACAAUGCUGGCAUUAUGGCAACACCUUUCAUGCUUUCAGAAGAAAACAUAGAGCUGCAGUUUGCAACAAACCAUGUAGGACAUUUCCUCUUGACAAAUUUGUUGCUGGAAACCAUGAAGAAAACUGCUGAUAAGUGUAAGCAUGAAGGAAGGAUCAUAAUUGUCUCUUCCCGAAGGCACAAAUUUCCAUACAAUGAAGGAAUCCGUUUUGAUAAAAUUAAUGAUGAAUCAGGGUACAACAGCCUAUCUGCUUAUGGACAAUCAAAGCUUGCUAACGUGCUGCAUGCUAAUGAACUUGCUAGGCGUUUGAGGGAAGAAAAUGUGCAAAUAACAGCUAACUCCCUUCAUCCCGGAGCAAUUGCCACAAAUCUUUUCCGUCACUACAGCUUUUUAAAUGGUCUUGUUGCAGCUCUUGGUAAGCACGUGAUGAAAGAUGUUCACCAGUGGUCACCUGUGCAAGAAAGCCUCCAAUUAUCGACAUUUGGCAUGUUCGCCUUGAAUGAAUUGCAGGGAGCAGCAACAACAUGCUACGUCGCAUUGCAUCCAGAUGUUAAAGGCAUGACUGGGAAAUACUAUGCUGACUGUAACUUGGCUGAGACAAGCUUGCAAGCUAAAGAUCAAGAUCUGGCCAGAAAGCUAUGGGACUUCACCAAUAACCUCAUAGACAAAUCUACAACUUAGUCUAGAACUGUGUGUUAUAUUUUGUAGAGAAUAAUUAUCUGUUUGGUUACUUUUGGAUCAUGUUAGUGAGAAAAUAUAGGUUUCUGAUGCGUUUUCAGUGAAUUGGUACAGAGAAACCUUAUAAUUCUGAAAAUAAGUCACCCUUUGAAUUUCUCAAUUA